UUUUUGUAGUAAGGACAUUGGAAUGUCGAAGUUUACCGACAAAACAACCAUAGCACCACAGCACAGCAAAGCCAAACCCCACCUCCAUUACUGUUUCUCCUUCUACUCACUGCUUGCCCUACUGGACUCUGCAUAGUAACGGCCACACAGUUCAAAUCUCUCUCCUUUUUAUGUAAGUUUUUGGUCCUCCCUCACUCUCCCCACUUCUCCAUUAACGGACGGUCUCAAAGCUCCAACCUUUCGCCCACCAAAUGGGGUUCUUUCUUUUCUUUUUCCUUUCGCUUCUCUCUUUAGCUUCUUCAGCUUCCAGAGUGGAUCAGAAAACUUUCAUCGUUAGAGUCCAAAACGAAGCCAAGCCUUCCGUUUUCACCACUCACAAGCACUGGUAUGAAUCUUCACUUUCCUCUGUUCUCUCCCCAUCAACUCCUAUCCAACUUCUUCACGUCUACGACAGCGUUUUCCACGGUUUCUCGGCUAAGCUUUCGCCGACUGAAGCCCUCAAGCUUCAAACGCUUCCCCAUUUCAUCGCCGUCAUACCCGAACAAGUCCGGCACUUGCAAACCACGCGUUCUCCUCUCUUCUUAGGUCUCAAAACCACCGACAGUGCUGGCCUUUUGAAAGAAUCCGACUUUGGGUCGGAUCUUGUUAUCGGAGUCAUCGACACGGGUAUUUGGCCCGAGCGUCAAAGCUUCAACGACCGUAACUUGGGUCCUAUUAAUUCUAAAUGGAAAGGCCAAUGUGUUACGACAAAUGAUUUCGGCUCCAAUUCUUGUAAUAAAAAGCUUAUUGGAGCAAGGUAUUUUUGCAGUGGUUACGAAGCAAGUAACGGCAAAAUGAAUGAGACCUCGGAGUUUCGUUCCCCACGAGACUCGGACGGCCACGGGACCCACACUGCUUCCAUUGCCGCUGGAAGGUAUGUGUUUCCAGCUUCUACAUUAGGUUAUGCUAAAGGAGUGGCUGCAGGGAUGGCACCUAAGGCAAGGCUUGCAGCUUACAAAGUAUGCUGGAAUGCUGGUUGUUAUGACUCUGAUAUUCUCGCCGCCUUUGAUUCCGCCGUGGCUGAUGGCGUUGAUGUGAUUUCGUUGAGUGUUGGUGGUGCUGUGGUGCCUUAUUAUCUUGACGCCAUUGCGAUUGGUGCUUACGGUGCUGCUGAGAAAGGGAUUUUUGUGUCGGCCUCUGCUGGCAAUGGAGGUCCUGGUGGACUGACUGUUACCAAUGUGGCUCCAUGGGUGGCUACCGUUGGUGCUGGGACGAUUGAUCGGGAUUUUCCUGCUGAUGUUAAGCUUGGAAAUGGGAAAGUUGUGACUGGAGCCGGGGUUUACAAUGGGCGGGGCUUGUCUCCGGGUCGGAUGUACCCGUUGGUUUAUGCCGGAUCCGGUGGUGGUGGUGGGUAUUCUUCUUCUUUGUGUUUGGAAGGUUCUUUGGAUCCCGACUUUGUGAAAGGCAAAAUCGUUUUGUGUGAUAGAGGGAUUAAUUCCAGGGCUGCCAAAGGGGAAGUUGUAAAGAAAGCUGGAGGGGUUGGAAUGAUUUUGGCUAAUGGGGUUUUCGACGGUGAAGGCCUAGUUGUCGAUUGCCAUGUGUUGCCAGCUACUGCUGUUGGUGCAUCAAAUGCAGAUGAGAUUAGACAAUACAUUGAUUCCGCAUCGAAGUCCAAAUCAUCAGCCACUGCCACUAUUCUCUUUAAAGGGACUCGGUUAGGUGUGAGGCCAGCUCCUGUUGUGGCCUCAUUUUCAGCUCGAGGGCCUAAUCCCGAGACCCCAGAAAUUUUAAAGCCUGAUGUGAUUGCUCCUGGAUUGAACAUCCUUGCUGCCUGGCCUGAUAAAGUUGGUCCUGCUGGGAUUCCAUCAGAUAACCGAAGGACAGAGUUUAAUAUUCUUUCAGGCACUUCAAUGGCUUGCCCUCAUGUUUCAGGAUUGGCUGCUUUGUUGAAGGCAGCUCAUCCUGAUUGGAGCCCUGCAGCCAUUAAGUCUGCCCUCAUGACCACUGCUUACACAGUUGAUAACCGUGGGGAAACUAUGGUUGAUGAAUCCAACGGGAAUACUUCAACAGUUUUGGAUUUUGGAUCAGGUCAUGUUCACCCCACAAAGGCUAUGAAUCCUGGUCUGGUUUACGAUGUAACUCCGAUGAAUUACGUGGACUUCUUGUGCAAUUCAAACUAUACGAUUAACAACAUUCAAGUGAUCACCAGGAGGAAUGCAGAUUGCAGUGGGGCAAAAAGAGCUGGCCAUGUUGGGAAUCUUAAUUACCCAUCAUUUUCUGCUGUUUUCCAACAAUAUGGCAAGCACACGAUGUCGACACAUUUCAUUAGGCAAGUGACUAAUGUUGGGGACCCAAAUUCAGUGUACAAAGUUACAGUUAGGCCACCUAGUGGCACACUGGUGACGGUAGAACCAAAGCAACUUGUUUUUAGGAGGGGAGGCCAGAAAUUGAAUUUCCUUGUAAGAGUGGAGGCCACGGCAGUGAAGCUCGCUCCUGGAAGCACUAACAUGAAAAGCGGUUCAAUUGUGUGGUCUGAUGGGAAGCACAAUGUCACUAGUCCCAUAGUCGUGACAAUGCAGCAACCUCUAUAGUAAUGAGAUUGUGCUGCCGUUUUCCUUCUAUAGAACUCUCUCUAUAUAAAUAUGUAAUGAGACUGCUGUCUUUUGCCUUAUCACAAAACGGGUGGUGCUUGCAUGUAAUGCAAAGGAGAAGUUAUAAUCUGCACAGUCUACUGGACGGUGCAGGUCUAAUAUAUAUAUAUAUAUAUAUAUAUAUAUAUAUCUUUAUUGUCGAUCCAGAAGAAAGAAUGUUUUGUAGAAAUCGUGUCUUGAGAAGAUGCCGAGGAUAGUGUAUGAAAGAAGUUUCCUUCUUUUUUCAUAUUUGGGACUCAAUUCAGUUUUUUAGUUUGAUGUAAAUUUGUGUAUUGCUUACGUUGGUGAAUGCACGUGGGAAGUGGGGGAAGGUGUGUCUAGGUAGGUAAUUGUCAUGUACUGUUGCCGGUCAAAAGUAAUAUAAUGCAUGUAAAUUUUAACCGCUCUACAGAAA